AUGAACAAUAACCAAUAAGUUCACGAACUGUUACAAUGCUCGAUAUGCUGCAAUGCAUUCAACUCAGGUGAUCAUAUCCCUAAGGUACUCCAGUGCGGGCAUGCUAUGUGCCUUAAUUGCUUGCAGACUAUAUUAGGAUCCUUACAAAAGUAAUGUCCAACUUGCAAAAAAGGUGUAGACAACUAAAACAUAAAUGACUUUCCAACUCUUUUUAUGUUGAUCCCUAAUGUGGACUAGGUCUAAUAUAAUUCUAAAUUUUCUCUUAAUCAGAUCAAAUGCUCAAAAUCAACAUUGCUAAACUCUCAUUUAUCAGUGAAAUUCUACUGUAAAAUCUGCAAUGAAUUUUUAUGCUAGGCAUGCUAAGAUUAACACUAAGUUUUUGCAUAGAGAUCAAAGCAUUAAAUAGUCGACGUUUAAGAGGGCUUAUCAAUCAUUAAUCAACAAUUGGCAUCACUUCUUUACCAAUCUGAAAAGACUCAUACAGAUUUAAUGCAAGAGAUGAAAAACAUUUAGCUAGAACAGAAAGACAUAAUAGCAACAAGUGAGGGAGCAGUUUGUGCUCUUAAUAAGAAUCGCAAAUAAGUGAUAAAGAUGAUCAAAAAAUUUUUUGAAUAGACAUAAGAAUAGAUAAUAUUCAAAUCAGAUAAAAUGGCUUAGAUGCUAUAAACAUAGAAGCAAUAAAUCAUAUAUAAGUCUGAAAAUUAGAAAACUCUCUAAAGAUAGUUGGAGCAAAGGAUUCAUUAGAUCGUAUCUUAAAACUAAUAUCUUUUUGACGCUAAAAUAAUCUUGGAAGAGAUUGAAACUCUCUAGGAAAAAUAAAAGAUAAGUUAGAUAUUUGAUGGUGCAGAAGAAGAGCUAGAUUUAGCUAAGCUAUCACAGGCAAAAGAUAUGAUAAGACAAUAUCCUGAUGGGAAAUCUUUUGAUAAUAUAAUGACUACAAUUGAAAACUCACUUAAAUCUAAUUAUGAUACAAGUUUGCUCAGUGAAAUGAUUUAAAAAGGAUUCUUCAAUAUCAAAAAGACAAGAGAAAAUUAGGAUUAAUCGGAAAUAUAAAUUAAUAAAGACUCUGAAAUUAGAAAUAUGAGGUCUACACAAAAAGGUAGAGGCUAAAGUUCUAAGGGAAAAAAGAGGGAUCAAAAGUAGCAGGAAAAAAUGUAAAGAAAAGAAAAGAAAGAGUCAUUAAUAGAAAAUUAAACACCUUAAAGACUUUUAAACUAAGAUAAAAAUUUAAACAAAUCUAAUCAAGAAGAAGAAAUUGUGCAAAUUGCCAAUCAGAAAGGUCAGAAAAUUUGGAAUAUAGAAUGCUCUGUUAACAGACCAAAUAAAUCUAGUUCAUCAAAAUAGACAAAAUUUUAAAUUGAUAAUGAUAGAUAAAAUUUGAAAAGGAAAACCAGAAGCAGCCCUAUUUAAGAGUCUCUAUAUGAGGAAGAAAAAAUUCAGCAGGAUGCUUAAUAGAAUAUAAAUGAGGUCUAAGAAUCUUAAAGGGAAAAAGAGGAUAUGAAUUCUGCUUUAAAAAAUGGGAAAUCAGCAAGCAAAUAGAUUUAUUCUUAAAAUCUAGCUAAGACUAGAAUAAUGACAGAUUCUACAGCAGUGACUGAAAAUUAAAAUGCUGAAUAGUUGCAGGAUUAGAGAGGUCGUAGAAUCUAGAAUAUUUAGGAUCUAGAAGAGGAGAAAGUACCUCUGAACCGAAAUCAGGAUACAGAGGAAGUACCAUUAAGAACACGACUUAUGUUUGAUAAUCUCAAUGAAGUAGGCCAAGAGAGAAUCCAAUAAAGAAAAAGAUUUGAUAAUUCUAUUUCAGCUAAAUUUAUCAUUGGUAAUGAUGAUCAAUAAGUACUCUAAUUUAAUCCAAGAAAAAUAGAUUCAAAUCCUUGGUCCAUUAGUAACUGGUCAAGCAAUUAUAGCAGAGAGAGAUUCAGAUCUGGUUUAAUUAAAUCUAAUAGUGCUUGUUGUAUUUAUCCAAAGAAGCCAAAUGAAAUGCUUAUUACUGGUGGUUAAAAUUAAAAUGUAUGCGUUCUUGUGAAAUUCGAUUAGUAAACAAAUAGCACUUAAGUUGAAAUGCUGGACUAUCAAAUGAAUCAAGAGAGGUAGAAUCAUCAGUUAAUCUAUUGUAAUAACAGUUUCUACGCUAUAGGUGGAGAUAAUCUUAAAUCUGUUGAAGAACUCUAGCCAUUAUAGGGAAAUCUUGAGCUUCAUAAUAAUUACUGGCAAAAAGUUCCAAGCAUGGCUACUGUGAUUCAUGAUGUCUUCAUAUAUGUAUUUGGAUCUGGAGGAAUGUCUGAAUUUAGUACUAGAAUAGAAUACUAUAACACAAAUCUCAGAAAAUGGGAUUAUCAUUCUUGUGUUCUUCCUAAGGCAUUCUGCUUCAUUGGUGCUGUUUCAUUUAAAUUUGAGUAGUACAAUUAAGUCUUGGUCUUAGGUAUUGUUCAGGACUUCAAAAAUAAUGAUAAGACUUCUAUUUACAGGUUUAACGUUGACAAAAAGCUGCAACUCAUUGAUUAAAAGGAAAAGGCAUUGCUUAAUAUGAGAAGAAUCAGACAUAAUAUCUUUGUUACAGACAGUAAACUCUUUGUUCUUGGGGGUAAAAACGAUGGAGGAUCAUAUUUAGAUUUAACUGAUUAGAGAGCCAAGUUUAAGGAGCUUCCAUCAUACAAAAAGUUGACUUAGCAUAGCAUAGAGAUGAGUCCAAUGGGAUUAUUUCCAAGUACUGAUUGA